CUUUGAGUGUAAAACCGUUGCUGUUGGCUCAUUCUUGGCAUUCAAACUUACUCUUUAGCAACUCAAUUGUUACAUUAAUAACUCGUCCUUACGCCUUGUGCUCUAUAUACUCUCAUGGAAGAAAUGGAUUCAACUAGUGGCGAACAUGACGCGGCAAUUCCUCUGCCUGGACGAGAAAAAAUUAUAUUUGGCAUCGACCUGGACCAAUCCAUGGAUGAAUACUUUAUUCUAGGAGAGAAGACCAAUGAAACGCGGAUCAAUAGGACAAAGCAGCUUUUAAAAUGGUUUAUUGAGCAAAAGUCGUGUUGGGAUUCAAAGCAUGAGUUUGCUAUCAUGAUUCUGGGCGAGAAAGCUGUCUGGCAUAUGGACUUCACUUCGGAUACUGUAUUAUUAUCUCAUGCCAUUGAUGAAUUGUAUACCAUGGGAAACUUUAAAGCAUUUGAUACCACCUCGAUGUUCAAAGAAGUUCUGGAGCACAUUAACCUGGAUGAGGUUGAUGGUUCAUCAUAUCGCCUAAUUAUGAUCUACACUCGAUCGGACGUUAUUCCCAGUGUUCCUGAUCGGAAUCUUCUUGAUGUCCUGUAUUCUAGUGGGAAGUUCUUCUGCGAUUGUGUAUACAUACAUCUGAAAUCAUCCGAGAGCACAGGACCAGUUAAGCCUCAGCAUGUAUAUGAUAGGUUAACAGAUAUAGAAGAUCCUCGCGCACCAGGAUAUUACUAUGAGCUGACACGGAUCUUUAAAAAAUAUUGUUCAGUGAUGGCUGAAUUAUUAGCACAUCCAUAUGUGCGACCUCUUCAAGAUUCAAUGGAUUUCAGGAUGGCUCCGCCACCAAGUGUAACUCAAGAAGAGGAGCUGGAAAUAACACAGAAACAAGAACAGCUUCAUCUGGAUCAAGUAUCCGUCCAUCAACACCAAGCUCGGCGCCAACAACAACAACUACAGCAACAACAGCAAUAUCAGCAACAGCAGCUACAACAGAUGGCACAGAUAUCUCCCAAAAGAAGUGAUCCCGUAUCUUCAUAUCAGAGUCCAGAAGCAGCGAUGGCAGGAGUCAUACAACAAGGCCUUUCUAGCCAGAAAUCCCAAAGCUUCCUCAAUACCCCUUCAGCUCCAUCUUCGUCAUCACUCUCAUCGCAUCGUCCUCCGCCAUCCCGCCCAUUACCCUCUGCGCCUGCACUACCGGGACCAGCACCAUCAUCACCUUAUAAAACUUCCAUUUCACAACCUACAUCAUCUAGGGAUGGUGAACGUUCAGUCGCAAGAGCUGGGUCUCGAACCAACAUUGAUAUGCCUCGUCCUGGAUCAUCCGCUAAUAUUAGACAAAUGUCGGGUUCUGGAGGCUCAAGUACAGGCUCAGGAACUAGUAGUAAGAACCUUCCAGGGUCAGGGUCAGGGACCGGCGUGGAUGAUGCUAUUUUGAUUUAAACAAAAAUAACAAUAAGCUUACUACAAAGGUUGUUUAUUAUGGGAGAG